AUGGAGGAGAAGCAGGAGGCAGCCCCUGGGGGCCCCCCUCUGCUGCUGCAGCCUCUAUGUCGUUAUCACACCGGCCCUGAUAUAGGGGUCCUUGAAAGCUGCGACGCGGAGGGCUCUAUGCUGCUGCUGCAGCAGCAACAGCAACAACAGCAGCAGCAGCAACAGCAGCAGAAACUGCAGCUGAUGGGCCCCUCUCUAAGCCCCCGCCAUAUCAAGAGGCGGCCCUCCUCAAGUGGAGAACUGUUAACGCUUAGCAGCAAUUCAUUGCCGCUGCAUUCAUCUUCUUUGCUGCUACCUAAUGAGCAGCAGCAGCAGCAGCAGCAGCCGCAGCAGCAGCAGAUAACAGGCAUCCCUACCCUGCAUCAGGGAGGGAUUUUGCUGCUCUACAUUACGGGGUGGACAGCCUCAUCUACACCACCCCAUGAAGGGACACCACCUUACCUGCACCACCCCAAGGGGAACGACCAGUGGGAUAAAUCGCCCAAUGGGCAGCAUUACUACGUGGGGUGUACAGGCAGCUUCGCUCUUUUUGCUGGUUUUCUGCAGCAGCUGCAGCAACCCCCUUCUAAACCAGAAGCCCUUAGAUGCACUGAUGUCUCCUGCGGUCGGGUGUCUCUGGAGUGGGGUUGGACUCCUCUUAACAAGGAGACAGUUGCUGCCUUCAACAUCUACAGCAUUGAGAUAAGCUGGGGGCCCCCAGCCGACACUGGAGGGCCGCCGAUAUUAUUUUAUCAAGUUUAUCGCAACAGUCAUCCUUACAUUUGCAUCGCUUAUGAAGGACAUAAACAAUAUAAAGUAAAAGAUAUAAAUAUUAAACAAGGACAGAGCUACACAUAUGCUGUAUCGGCCUGGACCUCCAUACCCCCAGGAGCUCAACUGCUGCAGCAGCAGCAGCAGCAGCAGCAGCAGCAGGAAGAGCAGCAGCAGCAGGAAGAGCAACAGCUGCAGCAGCAGAGCGACAGUAAAGGCUGCGGCAGCAACAGCAACAGCAGCAGCAACAGCAACAGCAGCAGCAACACCAACAGCAGCAGCAACAGCAACAGCAACACCAGCAGCAACAGCAACAGCAACGCCAACACCACCAGCAGCAACACCACCACCAGCAGCAGCAGCAGCAGCAAUAAGAGUGAAGGAGUUGGUGAGGGUUUGUUGAGUAAAAGUAUAACAAGCAGCAGCGCUAUCAGCAGCAGCACUAUCAUCAUCAGCAGCAGCAGUACUGUCAGCAGCAACAGCAGCAGCAGCAGUAUCAUCAUCAUCAGCAGCAGCAAUAGGAGCAGCAACAGCAGCAGCAGCACUAUCAGAAGGAACAGCAGCAGCAGCACUAUCAGAAGGAACAGCAGCAGCAGCACUAUCGUCAUCAGCAGCACCAUCAUCAUCAUCAUCAUCUGCAGCAGCAUCAUCAUCAUCAUCAUCAUCUGCAGCAGCAUCAUCAUCAUCAUCAUCAGCAGCAGCACUAUCAUAAUCAUAAUCAUCAGCAGCAGCAGCAGCAGCAGGAAGAGGAGGAAGUAUUAG